GUUCCAUACCAGUUUGCUUGUGGAUGCCGACGGAUUGUGUGGGCAGCGGCUCGCGAAGCAGCUUUGGCCUCUUCUAGUGUCGCAGCUUCGCAUUGGCAGAGCAUCUGUCAUGACAUCCCACAGGAAUGGUCAAUGACGAAGGAGGCUGCGGUGCGGUGUAUGCACGCGACAGAAGAGAGAUGGCCAGAUUGGGCAGAGAUGGUGGAGGAGCUGUCUUCGUCCGCCGUGGAGGUGGCACUUUCAGGACAGUUUGAGAAGAAGGCAGCACCAAAUGAUGCUGCCCUCCUUCGCAUGGCAAUCCAGUUGGGCUUCUAUUGGUGGCACGUCUCGCACGCGGAUGCUUCACUAGCCGAGCGUGGCCUGUCGCAUGCCGUGCAAUCGUUCCAUGUGGCUCACUGGUGCCACGCUGCAUGGCGCGGAGUCAAUCUGGGAGGUUGGAUGCUGUUAGAGCCUGGACCUGCGUCGCCUUUUUUCAAUCUUUGCCAUGCCAAGAUCCUGGAGCUCGGUGGUGGUCCUGCGCAGGAGAGCCUGGAGACAUCCUUUGCAGGGGACCCUCCCAGGGAGAAUCCUCCCGGUCUGUGCGAUGAGUUCUCCGUCUGCGCUGCUCUACAAGCGGCUGGUGGAGAGUGCUUGCGGAGUGAACUCUUCCGGUGGCACCGAUCGCAACACUACACAGAACAGACUUUCGCCGACAUUGCGAAGACGGGCUUGAAUGCAGUACGAGUUCCUUUCGGCUACUGGGUGGUGCAAGGGCCAGGUUCUGGAGAGCCAUACGAGGGCCCCUGCCUAGAGGUACUGGAUGGUUGUGUCCAGAUGGCUGAAGCGCACGGUCUACAAGUUCUACUUGAUCUACAUGGCAACCCAGGGGGGGAGAGCGGCAGCAGACCAUGUGGACGAGAAUACGCUGCAUGGAAGUGGGAAGAUUGGCGACACGACGAGGCCGUAGAGGUUCUGCGCGUUCUGGCAGCACGAUACUGUGACAAGUCCUGCGUGACCGGAGUACAGGUUUGCAAUGAACCUUCCGAGAACAUUCCAGCCGACAGGCUCUGCGAUUUCUACGAGCAAGCCAUCGAGGCCAUUCGAUCCAGCGGCAUGGGGCCGGACAAAGUCGCAGUAGUGCCACCUGGCCUUGCAAGCUCUUGCGAAGGGAAUCCUCCGAUAAAAUUGGAACGAUACAGAGAAGAUUAG